UUAAUCAUAUAUAAUCACUCCACGAUUAAUGCCAUGUUUUUUGUUGUGGUUUGUAAUGUCUAUAUCUUAAAUAGUUCAUUCAGAUUGAAUGUUUUCCCACACUUAGGAAUGUGCUCUAUCAGCGAAAGCUAUAUAUUUAGUAUUUAGUCAGUAAUUGAUGUUGACAGCCUCAGAAGUUCAGGAAAUAUUCGAUACCCUCGGUGACACGGGAGACGACUUGGAGGGCGCUAAAACGAAAUUGGAUGAGUAUUUUCAACCAAAACGGAACAUAGCGUUCGAGCGCCAUUUGUUCAGAAAUGCGGCACAAGGUGAAACAGAGAAAAUCGACAGUUUUGUGACUAGGCUGCGCAAGUUGGCCGUAACCUGCGAGUUUGAAAAGCCAGAUGACAAUAUUCGCGACCAAAUCGUUGAAAAGUGCAAAUCGUCAAAAUUAAGGAAAAGGCUCCUAAAGGAAAAGGAACUAACUUUGAAAAACGCGAUGGAUAUAGCCCGAGCUGGCGAAAUUGUAGACGAGCAAGCAGACAGAUUUAAGGGCAGUGAAACGUUUUCAAACUCUGAUGUUAAUACUGUCAGACCGUCGGUGAAUCACCCAAAAAGGUACGGGAGUGAGAAAAGUUCACAGAGGGAUGCCACGUGUUUCCGUUGCGGGCGCAAGGGCCACAUUGCAAGGAAUUGUACAAUCACUAAGGACAAAAAUUGUAAUAAGUGCGGAAAAAAGGGACAUUUCGCAAAAGUGUGUAAAACGAAAUCGGAUACCCCCCGCACAAAACCAGAUCCUAAGCAGCACUACCAACAUAACCUUGAACAGCGAGGAGAUUGAAAUCCAGUCAGCUUGUUUUAAAGCUGCAGAUGCUGGAGACCAGAGUAUAAAUGCUGAAGUGAAAUAUGAACCUGAGAAUGCCACAGUGGUAUUAUCAUUCCCCAGUUCUCUCCAGCCAGGAAAUGGUCAACUAUCCAUCGACUUCACCGGUCAGCUGAAUGACAAGAUGAAAGGUUUCUACAGAAGCAAAUACUUGUCACCGUCCGGGGAGGAAAUGUAUGCAGCAGUCACACAGUUUGAGGCAACAGAUGCUCGACGUGCCUUCCCAUGUUGGGACGAACCGGCUGUGAAAGCUACGUUUGAUGUCACACUUGUUGUUCCUAAAAAUAGAGUGGCACUCUCUAACAUGCCAGUAAAAUCUGAGAAUGACUUGCCUGAGGACUCGGCGUGGAAGGUGGUGACUUAUGAGAGAACCCCAAUCAUGUCUACGUACCUGCUGGCUUUUGUUGUGGGGGAGUAUGAUUACGUUGAGGCCAAGGAUGCGGAUGGCGUGAUGGUCAGAGUCUAUACCCCCGUGGGGAAGAAGGAGCAGGGACAGUUUGCCCUCGAGGUUGCUGUUAAAACUCUACCAUUUUACAAGGACUACUUCAAGAUCGCCUACCCUCUACCUAAAAUUGAUCUCAUUGCUAUUGCUGAUUUUGCUGCAGGUGCCAUGGAAAACUGGGGGCUUGUGACAUACAGGGAAACAGCUCUGCUGAUCGAUCCAAAGAACUCCUCCUCCAAAACAAAACAGUGGGUGGCUCUGGUAGUCGGCCAUGAAUUGGCUCACCAGUGGUUCGGAAAUCUGGUCACCAUGGAAUGGUGGACACACUUGUGGCUGAAUGAGGGCUUCGCCUCCUGGAUUGAGUACCUUUGUGUGGACCACUGCUUCCCGGAGUUUGAUAUCUGGACACAGUUUGUGAACUCUGACCUGGGCAGGGCCCUGGAGAUGGAUGCUCUACACAACAGUCAUGCUAUAGAGAUUCCAGUUGGACAUCCAGAUGAGGUGGAUGAGAUAUUUGAUGCUAUCUCGUACAGUAAAGGGGCCUCUGUUAUCAGGAUGCUACACGACUAUGUUGGAGAUGAGAGCUUUAGAAAAGGCAUGAACCAGUACCUGACCAAAUUUAAGUACAAGAAUGCAGUCACCGAGGACCUGUGGGAAUCUCUUGGAACAGCUAGUGGAAAACCUGUGUUAGAUGUCAUGACAACCUGGACCAAACAGAUGGGGUACCCAGUAGUGAAGGUUACUGAGAGACAAGAUGGCAGUAAUAGAAUUUUGACCUUGACCCAAGAAAAGUUCUGUGCAAAUGGAAUACAACCAAAAGAUGGCUCAUAUACCUGGAUGGUUCCUGUGUCUAUUAGUGCAGCUAGUAAUCCAAAGAAACCAGCUGUAAUCACACUGCUGGACAAACCAACACAGGAAGUUACAGUUCCUAAUGUCAAACCAGACGAAUGGGUCAAGGUGAACUGCGAGUCCGUUGGUGUUUACAGAGUACAGUACACUUCGGAGACCCUGGACAGAUUCAUACCCGCCAUCAAAGAUAAGACCUUACCCCCAAGGGACAGACUCGGGCUUCAAAGUGAUCUGUUUGCACUGGCUCGGGCUGGAAUGAUCUCCACAGUGGACGUUCUGAAGGUUGUGGGGGCGUUUAUUAACGAGGACAAUUACACGGUGUGGAGUGACCUCUCCAGUAACCUUGGACAGAUCAGCAUUCUGUUACAGAACACGGACGGAUACAACGACUUCAAGGCCUUCAACAAAAGACUCUUCAAACCCGUGGCACAGUCGCUGGGCUGGGACUCCAAGGAGGGGGAAGGUCCCCUGGCAGCCAUGUUAAGAGACCUGGCACUGACGAGGCUAGGAAAGUGUGGGGAUGAGGAUACAAUAUCUGAGGCCAAGAAAAGGUUUGAUGCCCACGUCUCGGGGGAGAGUCCUCUCCCAGCAGAUCUCAAAGGACCGGUUUAUGUGACAGUGAUGGUUAAUGGAGAUGAAGACGCAUUCAACAAAAUAAUGAAGUUGUACGACGAGGCCGACAUGCAAGAGGAGAAAGUGCGGAUCAGCCGAUGUAUGGGGUCCAUUCAGAGUGACGAUCUGAAGAAGAAGGUGCUAGACUUUGCUAUGUCGGACAAAGUCCGAUCCCAGGAUACAGUGUUUGUGGUGGGAGGUGUUACAGGAACAGUCCAGGGGAGAGAACUCUGCUGGCAGUUUCUCCAGGACCGAUGGACUGACCUCCACGACCGAUACAAGGGCGGGUUCCUGCUGUCCCGUCUUGUCGAGGUUUCCACUGAGAACUUUGUGACAGAAGCACGAGCUAAGGAAGUAGAGAAAUUUUUUGAGAGUCACCCUGCUCCAGCGGCGGAGAGAAAAAUCCAGCAGUCAGUGGAGAACAUCCUGCUGAAUGCCAAGUGGAUGGAGCGCGAGUCUGCCAAGGUUGUGGAAUUCCUCCGAAGUCAGUGAGGCUAAACAAACUUUUCCAGCACAUCUAAUGUGACAAAGGGACCAGGAUUCUAAUGCUAAUUGUUGGCUGUGACUGCAUAAUCAAAAGUUUAAAUUCGCAAUUAUUUGAAUUGUUAUUUGUCUGAUAUUUUCUUUAGCCAUUGCAAUUAAACAGCUUACUGGU